AAAAUGCGAAUAAAUAAAUUAGUUUGUGACUUUACCACGGAGAGUGUGAGAUUUUGUUUACGGCACGAUUCCGAUUACUGUGUCAGUCGGGAACUGAAAACGAAUUUCGGUAUAAAUGGGCGAUGAGGCUCAUUUCUGGUUGAAUGGCUACGUAAAUAAGCAAAAUUGCCGCAUUUGGGGUGAAGAGCAACCAGAAGCCGUUCAAGAACUGCCCAUGCAUCCCGAAAAAUGCACUGUUUGGUGUGGUUUGUACGCUGGUGGAAUCAUUGGACCGUAUUUUUUCAAAGAUGCUGUUGGACGCAACGUUACGGUGAAUGGCGAUCGCUAUCGUUCGAUGCUAACAAACUUUUUGUUGCCAAAAAUGGAAGAACUGAACUUGGUUGACAUGUGGUUUCAACAAGAUGGCGCUACAUGCCACACAGCUCGCGAUUCUAUGGCCAUUUUGAGGGAAAACUUCGGACAACAAUUCAUCUCAAGAAAUGGACCCGUAAGUUGGCCACCAAGAUCAUGCGAUUUAACGCCUUUAGACUAUUUUUUGUGGGGCUACGUCAAGUCUAAAGUCUACAGAAAUAAGCCAGCAACUAUUCCAGCUUUGGAAGACAACAUUUCCGAAGAAAUUCGGGCUAUUCCGGCCGAAAUGCUCGAAAAAGUUGCCCAAAAUUGGACUUUCCGAAUGGACCACCUAAGACGCAGCCGCGGUCAACAUUUAAAUGAAAUUAUCUUCAAAAAGUAAAUGUCAUGAACCAGUCUAACGUUUCAAAUAAAGAACCGAUGAGAUUUUGCAAAUUUUAUGCGUUUUUUUUAAAAAAAAAGUUAUCAAGCUCUUAAAAAAUCACUCUUUAUAUACCCUAAUUCAUAUUAAAGUGAAGUUUAUAACGUUAAAACUAAACGAAUAUCUUUCAAUUAAAUGCAAUCGGCCCCCUUACGUCGACAUACUCCGACAUUUUGGUCCUUCGAGCCGGAUAAUUAAAAGAAAAAUCAUCGUGGGAAUUUCACCAACAACAUCAACGUUGGAAUUCCAGAACCCAACCCAAAGAGUGCACUUAACAAGCUAAGUCAACAAAUAGCCAAACAAGUAAUUAUAAACAAAAGCAACCCGAAAUUAACAAACCGGAAAAAAUUUGUAAGUGCGACCCAUAUAUUUCUCAAUAUAUUAUAAUAAUACAAUAUAAAGUGCAAAUCAAAAAAUUGUUAAAAAACACCCAAUUGCCAAAUUGUGUCCUUAAGCCGAGUUAAGCACAAUUUAUUUGUUUUAUUGGGUUAACAAAAAUUUGAUCUGCACUAUUUAAUUAUAUGUAUAUACACAUAUUUACAUAUACUUACCCAAGAGAAGAAGUGCAAUAAUAAAAUAUAUGCAUAUAAUUUGCCGUCGGCUAUUGCAUUCUCCUCGUUGAACUAAAAUUAUAUACUUAAAUAAAUAUACACCCGCUACAUACCUGCAUAUGAAUAGCGCACCCAUUCGCUUAUAUUUGUUGGUGACAAAAUUUGUUGGCGAACAGCGCGUCAAAAGACAAUCACCCAGUAGGAAAUUAAAAAGGUGACCCAGUAGGAAAAAGUGCAAAAUCCAGCAAAUUUUAUAUUUAUCGUUUUUUUUCUACGAUUCAUCGGAAAUUUAAUAAUUUCGCAUCAACAUUAACAAUCGGACACCAUCGAGCCAAUUAAGCCAAUUAAUUUGAAAUUUUGAAUAUAAAUAAAUCACUAUACAAAAGUUUUUAAAGUUUGUUUUCUUACGCGACUUGUUUUUCUCAUUCAACCCAAAUAUUAAAUAUAUCCUACCCAAAAAUGGAAAUGGAAGAUUUCAAAAUCACAACAACAGAUUUGAUUGAAUUCGUGGAAGACCAUCUUCAGACCCAAAGUGAAGAUGAUUCGGUCUAUACCCUAGAAAUUAAAAGGGUCGAACUAAAUUCGCUCUAUGAAAAAGCAAAGCGCUCAUACGAUGCGAUCAGAAGAAUUUCUCGCGAAAGUCAUGAAACCAUCGAUUUCUUUAAAGCGAAAGAAAAAUAUCAAAAAAGUUAUCGAAUGUACCUCUCUUGCUUAGCUUCCAUCAACGAAGAUGUAGAUGCGCGUAAAACACAAAUGUCAACCCAACCCAUUAAGGAAAGGACUUCAGAAGCCACAAUGAUGGAUUUCGCUCCUGCAGUUCACCUUCCACCAUGCGACACCGACAUCUUUUACGGAGAUUACACAACUUGGCCCACCUUUCGGGAUAUGUUUACAGCCCUAUACAUCCGUAAGCCAAGGAUUAGUAACGUGGAAGGACUCUUUCACCUUACUCAGAAGACCCGAGGAGAAGCAAGAGAGGUUAUUCAAAACGCACCCUUAACAAAUGAUGGUUUCAUACUUGCCUGGAAAAAUUUAGUCGACCAGUACGAAAAUAAGAGGUUGCAGGUAAACACCCAAUUAAAGACCCUUUUUAACCUACCCCAAGUAACUCAGGAAACCGGUUGUGCUAUAAAAAGCUUACAACGUUCGGUCAAUAACGUUUUAACCAAUUUACACAAUCUUGAGAUUGACACACAAAGCUGGGAUCCGAUACUGAUAUAUCUUUGUAGUUCAAAACUACCAAAACAAACUCUCGAAACCUUUGAAUAUACCCUAGCAGAUAAUUCAGAUAUACCGACGUGGUCAAAUUUCGACAGUUUUUUAACCCACAAAUACAAAACCCUCGAAUCUGUUGGAAAUUUCAAAGCUUCAGUAGUAAAAUUACCCCCAUUCCACACCGGUACAGUUAAACGAACAGAUGAAAAGAAAUAUAACACUUUUCAUGCUAACGUGGCUGAAACGCCAAUUGCCAAACCCUCUAAUACCCAAAGGAAUAAUAAUUUCAAUUUUACUCAAAAUAAUAUAGAUACAGAAAGCUGUAAGCUCUGCAAAAAGCAGCACCCUAUUCGAGAAUGUCCCAAAAUUCUCACAAUGAAUGUAGAGUCGCGUAUCUCCACAAUCAAAAAAUAUGGUUAUUGCUAUAACUGCUUGGCCAUAUCACACAGCUACAAGAACUGUGUGAGUAAAUUCUCGUGUCGUAAGUGUCACAAAAAACACAAUACUCUGAUACACAGAGAAUCCAGCUUUCGACCUGAAUCAACUCCGGAAAUACCAAACAUCACUAGUUCGAGCCCUGAAAACGCUUCAAGUACCGCAUUACCCACCCAAAGCACAAAUACAAAUCGGCAAGCCUACACUACAACUAUACAGUCCACUAUAUCAUCAACCCAAGACCCACCCAACCCGAGUAGGAAGCAGAUAUUACUCGGUACUGCAAUGGUUCAAAUAGAACAUAAUGGCCAACGAUAUUCCGCGAGAGCUCUUAUUGAUUCAGGAUCGGAAGCCACAUUUAUAUCUCGAAGACUUCAAAGAAGUUUGGAUAUACCCACCCACUCUGCAUCAGCCCAAGUGACCGGACUAAACAAUGCAGUUUCAGCAACACCAACGAGUAUUUGCGAAAUCACGCUUUGCUCACCCUUAAACACAAAUUAUAAGGUAUCAGCACAGGCAUUUAUACUAAAUAGCCUAACUGAUAAUUUACCCUCAUACCCCUUGGAUCCAAUGCAGUGCCUUAAAAAUCUUGGAUUCACUUUAGCCGACACCCAAUUUCACAAACCCAGACCCGUGGAUAUACUAAUCGGUAGUGAUAUCUAUCCAAGUAUUUUACUCAAUGGAGUAAAGAGAAACGUACUAGGUUCACUCUUAGCUCAAGAGACAGAAUUCGGAUGGAUAUUGUCCGGACCCAUAACCCAACCCUCCCAAAACUCCGCCAUAGUCUCAUUUCACAAUAAAGUGAACCCUGAGAAUCUACUCACGCGUUUUUGGGAGGUGGAGGAAAUCCCAAAGGAAUCCGUAGUUUCCAAAUCAGAUCAAAUUUGUGAGGAAAUUUUCCAAAAAACUACCCGUCGUAACCCAGAUGGGCGCUAUAUAGUAACCCUACCCUUCAAAGAACCCGACAAUGUUGAUAUCGGAUACUCUAGACAUAUAGCGUUGGCCCAAUUCCUCAGAAAUGAACGAGCUUUACAUAAAAAACCCGAAGUGAAAGCAGAGUAUGACAAAGCAAUUAUGGAAUAUUUGGAACUCGGACAAAUGAAGAAAGUAGAAUAUGACCCUUCUGAUAAAGCGACCCAGUAUUACUUACCACACCACGCAGUCAUUAAACCCGAUCGUAUAACCACGAAAUUGCGUGUGGUAUUUAAUGCAUCUUGCCCCACGUCAAAUAACAAAAGCUUAAAUGACGUCUUACAUAUUGGGUCGACUUUACAGAAAGAUCUUGUUAUUCUGAUAACAAAUUGGCGACUCUUCCAAUUCGUUUUUAAUGCGGAUAUUCAGAAAAUGUACCGGCAAAUACUCGUAGACCCUAAACACACUCGGUUCCAAAGGAUAUUAUUUAGGAAGUCCCCGGAAGACACAAUAGAAGACUUCGAAUUGCAAACAGUCACGUUCGGCAUAAAUUGUGCGCCGUAUUUAGCGAUCCGUACCCUCAUGAAGCUAGCCGAUGAUGUUGAAGAAACCCACCCAUUAGCAGCCAAAAUACUUCGCCAGGAAAUGUAUGUAGACGAUGUUUUAGCUGGAACACAUGACCUGACCACGGCAAAGUCACCACGAGAUGAACUCAUUUCCGCUCUGAAGACCCCAGGAUUCGCUCUGCGAAAAUGGACCUCCAAUGACCCACACAUUCUGAAAGGACUUCCACAGGAUCAUCUUUUAGAGACGGAAACACUCAACCUUUCGGAACCCGAGAACACCAAAACCCUGGGCAUUCGAUGGAACUCCAAAAAGGAUUCAUUUUUCUUCCUCGUCAACCCAAUGGAGAAAAAACCCGCAUACACCAAACGUGAAGUUUUAUCAGCCAUAGCAAAAUUGUGUGACCCAGCCGGUUGGCUUAGUCCAAUAAUAAUCACGGCAAAAAUAAUUAUGCAACAAAUAUGGCUGGAUAAAACUGACUGGGAUGAAAGCCUGAAGCCCCUCACCCUUCAUCGAUGGAACAGCUUCGUAAAGGAUUACGACAACAUAAACAAAAUUGAAAUACCCAGGUGGACCCAUUUUAACCCAACAGCCACCAUUGAAUUCCACGGUUUCUCUGAUGCUUCAGAAGAAGCAUAUGCCGCGACACUUUAUAUAAGGGUUUCAGUUGGAGACAAAAUAUGGACAACUCUCUUAGUCUCAAAAACAAGAGUUGCUCCCAUUAAAACUGUAUCCCUACCCAGAUUGGAACUCUGCGGAGCGGUUCUACUAGCUAACCUUGUUAACUCUACUCUAUCCCAACUUCACCUAACCCAAUAUAAAAAUUAUUUUUGGACUGACUCAACCAUAGUUCUUGCCUGGUUAAACAAACCACCCUGUUCAUGGACCACUUUCGUUUCUCAUCGAGUAGCUGCAAUCACCGAGAAAGUAGGAGUCGAAAAUUGGAACCAUGUGGAAAGCCAAGACAAUCCCGCAGACUUAGCAAGCCGAGGAUGUACACCCACCGAUCUAUUUAAUUACAACCUCUGGUGGCAUGGACCCCAAUGGCUACAACAUGAAAAGGAGCAUUUUCCAACAUCGGAGAAAACAUACAACACCACCGUGAAUUCAAACCCGUUAAGACGUUUGCGAUAACCACCCAAGAGGAUAUACUCGAAAGGUUUUCCUCAUUCCCCAGAGCAAUUCGCGUUAUCGCUUACCUAUUCAGGUUUUGCGCAAAUGCCUCACCAAGGAGGCGAGAAAUUGAUUACUCAAACCACGAAAUAACCCCGGAAGAGUUCAAAACAACCCGAAUGAAGUUAAUCAUUCACACCCAAAAAACACAUUUCAGAGAAGAAUAUGAUGCAUUGACCCGUAAAACCCAAAUACAUAAGAAAAGUUCAUUAUUGACUUUAAAUCCAUUCAUUGACCCUAAAGGAGUUAUGCGAAGUGACGGAAGAUUAACCAAUUCUGCAGCACUAUCAUAUAAUGAGCGCCACCCUAUCUUAUUACCCUAUAAUACUCGUAUAACAAAAUUACUAACUCAAUUUACCCAUUUAGCAACGUUACACGGCGGAAAUCAGCUAGUUCUUCGACUCCUAAGGACAGAAUUCUGGAUACCCAAAGCAAAGAUGCUGAUUAAAACAAUAAUUCAUCAAUGCAAAACGUGCAUCAUACACAACAAGGCUCAACAAACCCAAAUAAUGGCAGCUCUUCUAAAUGAACGAACCAUCCUAACCCGGCCGUUUGCUGCCACUGGUAUCGACUUUGCGACCCUAUGACAUCAAAAACUACACUGGGAGAGCAUGUCUAAUCACCAAAGGAUAUAUAUGUGUAUUUGUAUGCUUCUCAACUAAAGCAAUACAUCUCGAACCCGUUAGCGAUCUCACUACGCAAGCCUUCCUAGCAGCAUUUUCCCGUUUCUUCUCGAGGCGUGGAUGCCCCGCCAAUCUUUAUUCCGACAACGGAACAAACUUUAUAGGAGCUUCACAGUUGCUAAUGAAAGAUCGGCGUGAAUUAUUACAGACACUUCGAACUCAAAUUACAGCUCUCCAUAGCCAUCAAAAUAUCUCAUGGCACUUCAACCUACCAGGAGCUCCACAUAUGGGUGGAUUAUGGGAAGCAGGCGUAAAAAGUCUAAAAACCCACCUAAAAAAGAUCGCAAAACUACAAAAAUACACGUUUGAAGAAUUUGCUACCCUCUUAACCCGCAUUGAAAGUUGUUUAAACUCUCGGCCAAUAAGCCCCAUAAGCGACGACUCAUCAAACUUGGAACCUCUAACUCCAGGACACUUCCUUAUAGGUACCCCAUUGUUAACCCCUGCCGAACCCAAUUUGGAGGAUGCAAACUUAAGCAUCGUUAACAGAUGGCAGAAACUAAAAAUACUCUACCAGCACAUUUGCAAGAGAUGGAAGGAAGAGUACCUUAAGGAGCUACACAAACGGUACAAAUGGAAAUAUCCACAACGUAAUGUUGAAGUUAACGACUUAGUCGUUAUAAGAAACGAAAAUAUUUCACCCAACGAAUGGAAGCUCGGUCGAAUCCAAAAGGUCUUCCCCGGCUUAGACAAUAAAACACGAGUGGUUGAAAUUCGAACUGCUCAAGGCACAAUAACCCGUCCCAUCACAAAAAUUGUGAUAUUAAAUACAGAAUAACAGACAAGUUUUCUCUUCCUUUUUAGUGAAAUGGCUCCAACAAUCACCAACUCACCCAAAACUCAUCGUAUGAGUCCAACAAUCACCAACUCACCCAAAACUCGUCGUAUGAGUUCAACAAUCACCAUUCGAUCCCGUAGCGCAACCCGUAGCAUUACACCGAUUUCGGAAGACGAAACGAUGUCACGACGCAUUCAACGUUUCAAAUCGACCCUUCCCACUAUUCGUGAGGAAAAGGAAUGUGAGGAUCGCACAACCCGAAAAACGAUCUCACACCACAGAAAACCCACGUCACAUCGUCAUGUUGCCUGCGGAAUAUGCAAAAAAGACCACCGUCUAGUGACUUGCGCUACAUACUCGGCAUACAACAUAAAUAAAAAAUACGAAGCAGUAAUAAAACAUCACUACUGCGUUAAUUGCUUAGCCAGGUCGCAUAAGACGGAAGGAUGCACAAGCAAAAAUCGAUGUUCAAUUUGUCACGGGAAACAUCAUUCAUCCCUACACGGACAUCCGAGGCUAUACCCGGCCAACGAUGCAAAUGUUGUUGCGAAACAUCCACUUGCGAUAGAGACCCGACUACCAUCCUUACUGGCUAAGCAGACCCUAUUACCCACGCUGAAGAUCCGUUUAAGAUGCGAUGGCGAAUGGUAUAAAGUUCGAGCCAUUUUAAACCCUACCCUCAAAAUUACGAAUAUAGCGGCCGAACUCGUUAAAAAAUUAAAACUGCCAAUUACAUACCUCAACACUUAUCGUAUUUGUAGCAUCAAAAUUAGCUUGUAAUGAUACAAAGUUUUGUUUGGAAUCUAACGCAGUUAUAACACACAAGUUACCCAAAAACCAUAUGAGCGAGACUUAAGUGACGAUGUGCAAAUGCGCUUCGAACACUUGGUUCUCGCUGACCCUCAAUUCCACAGCAACAAGGAACUAACGUUGGAGAUUGGAGCGGAUAUGUACCCUCAAAUUAUCAGAAGUGGACUUUUCAAACCCGAUAAUAGUACAGUGGUAGCGCAGAAUACAGCAUUUGGCUGGACCCUUACUGGCACCAUCUAACCCUAAGUAUACUUCUGAUAAUUACUCUAAUUCAUUUCAAAACUUUCAAUAUAUGUUACCCUACUAAUAUUCAAUUAUUUCGCAGAUUCUGCAAGGUGGCCGGGAUGUUUAAUCCAAACAAAUACUCCUCUGCAUUACUCCCACAAAUUACAAAAAGUAAUAGAGGCGUAAUGCAGAGGAGUAUCAACCGCCCCAACUUCACGCAACAGGCGAAAAAGGAGGAAUGAAGGAGACGAUUUUCCCGCGCUUUCACCAAAAGAGCUUUAUUAUCCCGCCAACACACAAGCGAUAUAGGAGUGAACAACACAAGCGAUACUUAAGUGAAUUAGCAAGUGAAUCACAACAAGUGAAAAUAUUUGAAGUGAACAAUAUACGUACAAAGUACACGUCAAAUACAAUUUAUAAUUAUCACCCAAACAACACGGAUACUUCCUGAGUUUCAACCAUCAUCGAAUUUGAUCUUCAAGCACCCACAACGAGGGAAUAAACCCAACACACAACAAGGCGUUAAAUAUAAUUAAAUUACCACAAUACGUAUGUAUGUAUAUUAAUCUGAAAUUUAACAAUAGCCACUAAGAAAGUACGCACAAUUAAUCAAUCUUGGAUACACACACACAUUUAUAUACAUAUAUAUAUACCCUAAUUCAUAUUAAAGUGAAGUUUAUAACGUUAAAACUAAACGAAUAUCUUUCAAUUAAAUGCAAUCGGCCCCCUUACGUCGACAUACUCCGACAAUGACCUUGAAAUAGCAUAAUUUCAUUACAAUAUUAUCAAUUUUGCAUGAAACGUAUAAAAAUAUAAGCAAAAGAGCAACACACAUAUGUACGUCUGUAAUAGCAAUGUAUAUUUCUGAGCAUAAUUUUCAUUGAAUGCUCAGCUCUGUUCGCUCAGCACUGUUAACCUUUCCCCUUCUCAGCCAAAAGUGGUGAAAUCCACUAAUAGGAUUUUGUUAGCUCUUGACAGUUCACACGCUUGUCCGCAAUUGAACCUUCUCUAUAUCAUACGUUCUCUGCCACCGAGCUACAUACGUUCGAAUCAACACCAUCUCUCGUUGCUUUAUCUGGACAUCGCCUCGCAUUACUCAUAUUGUACAUGUAUCCCAUAUUUUGUGUAUUAAGACCAUUUUAAAUCUUAAUUACAUUCGCAUUCUGUUUUUAAUAAAGUGAUAGUGAGUGCAUUAUUGGAAAAGGCAACUAGUGGGUGUAGAAAUAACUACAGUAGAAACUCGAUUAACCGGGCUAAUUGUUGUCGAUAGGCAUUCGGAUAAUCGAAUGUAUGAAGAAAAACAAGUAGAUAUUCAUAUCCUGCAACGAAAAUCAAUGUAUUAAGAAAUGAACACUUACUUAUGUAUGUAUGUACAUAUUUUCUUAGAUUACACUACAUACGUAAUACUAAACUGCAGAAUUAAUCAUGAAAUACAAUAAAAUAUUUCGGUACGUAUGUACGAAUAAUUUGUCUACAAUAUGUAUUUGGUAAUUUGCAUUUGGUUAUUUCAUGAUAAGUAGGUAGGUAAUAAGUUUAAUUUGGUUUAAAAUAUUUGGUAAUUGUCAUUUGACGUAAGCAACUUUUUCUCUUCAUUGCUGCUUUAUCACGAAUUCGUUUCAGUUGUAGUAGACUCACAGUAUCACUCUAGGGGUAUUCUCUCGCUCUUGCAAAACCCUUGCACGGUGCAAGAAUUGCAUAUAUUUCCUCUCGGUGUACCGGCACAACAACAAACACACGCAGAAAAUUAUUUGCAAGGGCUGUAAAAUAUGUCAGACCAAAAACCAUGUAUAUUUGCGUGCAAUGUCAUGGAAAAAUAUAAUUGCAACCCUGUUUUAGCUGACGUUUUACAUAAAGUCAUAUAGCGUCGUUAAAUUGUCUCUUACGCUUUGGCGGGUUUAAAUAUGUAGAGGUGACACGCACGUCAGAGCGGAGUCACAAUUGCAAAUGAACUAACACAAUAAUGAAACGCGCGGGGCAGCGGCAGCGACCCCACACUGCGCGAGCGGAAUAUGCAAGUUCCGACAAGUUCAUGAUUCCAUAAUUACUACGUAGGUACAUAUAAAUUGGUCGCGAUUGGUAGUCCGGAUAAUCGCGAAUCCGUAUAACUGAGGGCCGGAUAAACGAGUUUCUACUGUAUAUACAAACAGCGGACAUAGAAAUAGUUAACGAAAUAAGUACAGUUAUACAUACUACAAAUCCGAACAAGAUAGCAGACAUAGUUGGUCAGGUUAAAGAAAAUAUUGAAAAACUAAAUAUUGAAAAUAAAGAAAUUUUGUUUGAUGAAAUAAAAAAUAUAAAAGCAAAAAUCACAUCUAUAACACCGAAUAUCAAAAAGAGAAAUAAAAGAGGUUUGAUAAAUAUAGGAGGAAUAGCAUAUAAAUGGAUGUUUGGAGUCAUGGAUGAUGAUGACAGACAAGACAUUUUGAACCAUUUAAAAAUUAUUGAAGAAAAUAGCCAUAAUGCCAUAGUAAAUUUAAAUAAACAAAUAGUAAUUAAUGAACAUUUAAAUAGAUCACUAAACUUAUUAAAAGGAACUAUAGAAUCAGAUAGGAAACAAAUAAUAAAAACUUUAAAUAUAAUAAACAAAGAGGAAAAUAGAAUUGAGAGAAAAAUUUUGUAUAAUGAUGAAAUGAAUAAACUAAAAUUCAUAGAAAGUAAAGUUCAAGAAAUACAAAAUAAUAUAGCGGCGGCUAGAUACAAUAUGGUACAUCCAAGUAUGUUAACUAGGGAAGAAAUUAAAAAAUAUGAGAUUGAUUUUUACAAACUAAAAUUAUCAAAAGUAGGAGUAGUAGUAUACAGAAACGAUACAAUAAUAUUCGCAAUUCAGAUACCAAGAACAUUUUUUCAAACUAAGAUGCAAUUAAUAACCCCAAUGCCAAAUGGAAAUAAAUUAUAGAUUAUUGAAAAAGAAAAAUUCGUUAUAAAAAUUGACGAAAACUAUUUUGAUUAUGUAGAAAAUAAAGCAUUUAAAAAUCUAAAAUUGAGUAAAAGUUGCAUAUUUUUAAAUACUUGCGAAUUUAAAUAUAAUAACAAAACAUCAAUACAAGAAAUAAGCGAUGACACAAUAUUAAUAAGAAAUGCAAAAAAUGAUGUAAUAAAACAAAACUGGGAUGGCAGAAAAAUUGUAUUAAAAAAUAACUAUAUAAUCAAAUUUGUAAAUUGUAAAAUGGAAAUUUUAAAACAAGAAUUUAAAAAUAAUAAAACAGAAUAUAUUCAUACAAUUAUAUACCCUGCCGAAAAAUUAAACCAAAGCUACACACCAAAAUUAACAUUCAAUGAUAUUGCAAUAAAAAAUAUAGAAAACAUAAAAGAAAUUGCAGAAUUAAAAUACCAUAAAAAUGUAUCAUAUGGUAUUAAUAUAACAUUGAUAAUAAUUGUAAUGGUAGUAGUAGCAAUCCUAGUAAUAAUAUUAAAGAAAAAAACAACAAAAAUAAAAAUUGUAAAUACAAGAACUCAGGAGAGUUCAAACAGUAACGCUAGGAGUUGCGUCGUCAAACGACUCCACCACUUUCUAACUUGUCGAUAUACCAAUAAAGACAAGUAUUUUCUAAAUAUUUUUCAUUCCUCUAAAAUGUAAGUUGAAUCUUCAGAUUCAACUACAUACAUACAUAUUAACAUGCACAAAUACAUAAAUAAAGAAAUAUGUAUAAGCAAGUAAUCAUCUUUUAAAUUCCUUUAAAAAUGAAAUCCAAUGCCACUGUUAUUAUUUGAUAUGUUUAUUUAAGAUAUGCCGGGUCGUUGAUGCUGAGGAAUGUCAAGUCAGCACAACGGCUCCAAGUAAAUUUAGCAAAUAAGAUUUUUAUAAAGAAUAAAAUGAUUAUUAAUAAAUUGAACGGCAAGCCGCACAGUACGGAAAAUUA